AUGUUCGGCGGACCGCACGACCAGCUCUCUGAGAAAGAGAUCCGCGAGGGCGAGGCCCAAGCCACGGCGCAGGUGCAGUUCUUCACCGUCGCCUGCAUCGCCCUCUGGUUCUGUACGUGA